GUUUUAUCAAAUUACAAUCUAGUCCACAUUCUCUUACCUCAGUACCUUUAUUGGGAGACAAACGAUGAGCCAAUGAAAGAAGGCCGAGGUCCGGCAAUGGCGACAGUGAAGUUCUGAAAGAUUAGGGUUCACGAACAUCUGAGACUCCUCGUAAAGGUACAACAAUCAGUUCUUUUGGGACCUUUGCCAAAGAGAGAGUAGGCGAGAGAUCGACUAGCCUCAGUUCUUGAAAUCCGGUUGUUAUUGCUAAUUAUUAAGAAUCCUUUGUUCAGAGUUGAAUUCUUGGGAUUCUGAGUUCAUCGGCAGCGAGCUGUCAUGGCGUCACUGAAUGAGCUCUUACCUCCAGCAAAGUCUACAGCUGCGAUUUUUGACCACACCAAUGAUCCUUGGUUCAAGCAGCGGUUCAGCUCCUCCUCUGAGAUGGAGCAAACCGCCGUGGUUAAACACAACCAUGUUCCUCCAUACUUGAAACGACAGGGUUUUGUUCCUAGAAAGAUUGAGGAUUUCGGGGAUGGGGGUGCCUUCCCUGAAAUUCAUAUUGCCCAGUACCCGCUUGAUUUGGGUAGGGACAAAUCGGGGAAACCGGGACCAAAAAUCCUCCCUGUUACAGUUGAUGCCCAUGGUAAUGUGGCCUAUGAUGCCAUUGUCAAGCAGAACGAGAAUGCAAAGAAGAUUGUUUACAGUCAGCACAAGGAUUUAAUUCCCAAGAUACUCAGAAACGAGGAAGACCAAGACGAAGAAAAGGAGAUUGAGAAGGAGAUUGAGGAAACAACCCAGGAGACAAAGGCCGCCCUAGAGAAGAUUGUUAAUGUGAGGUUGAGUGCAGCUCAGCCCAAGAAUGUCCCUAAGCAAUCGACGGACUCGAAGUUCAUCAAGUAUAAGCCUUCACAGCAAUCGGCAGCAUUUAAUUCCGGAGCCAAAGAGAGGAUUAUCAGAAUGGUGGAAAUGCCCACAGACCCACUUGAACCACCAAAGUUCAAGCACAAGAGGGUCCCAAAGGCUUCAGGUUCCCCACCCGUGCCAGUCAUGCACUCUCCCCCUAGGCCAGUCACUGUGAAGGACCAACAAGACUGGAAAAUCCCGCCUUGUAUUUCCAACUGGAAGAACCCGAAGGGUUACACGAUCCCACUCGACAAGCGUCUUGCUGCAGAUGGGAGAGGCCUCCAGGAGGUACAGAUUAAUGACAACUUUGCGAAGCUCUCCGAGGCGCUUUAUGUUGCUGAGCAGAAGGCUAGGGAGGCAGUUGCAAUGAGAUCUAAAGUUCAGAAAGAGAUGCUCAUGAAGGAGAAGGAAAGGAAGGAGCAGGAGCUUCGGGCCUUGGCUCAGAAAGCAAGAUCUGAGAGGACCGGUGCAGCUCCCCCUGCUGCCAUUCCUAUAUCGUCUGAGAAAGGAGCUCAUAAUGGUGAUGACAUGAGAGUGGAUCACGAGAGGGAUAGGGAUAGGGAUAGGGAAAGGGAGAGAGACAGAGAUAGAGAUUACCCGAAGGAGACUAGAGAAGAGAAGGAGGAGAGGCUGCAGAGGGAAAAGAUUCGUGAGGAGAGGCGUAGGGAGAGGGAGAGGGAGAGGAGGUUGGAGGCAAAGGAUGCUGCAAUGGGCAAGAAGAGUAAGAUCACUAGAGACAGGGAUAGAGACAUCAGCGAGAAAGUCGCGUUGGGAAUGGCUUCAACUGGGGCAGGCAGAGGAGGAGAGGUCAUGUACGAUCAGAGGCUCUUCAAUCAAGAGAAGGGAAUGGACUCUGGGUUUGCUACUGAUGAUCAGUACAAUGUCUACGAUAAGGGGCUAUUCACUGCCCAGCCAACUCUUUCGACCCUUUACAGGCCCAGCAAAGAUGUUGACUCUGACACGUAUGGAGGAGAUGCUGAUGAGCAGUUGCAGAAGAUUAUGAAAACUGACCGGUUCAAGCCUGACAAGCCAUUCGCCGGUGCAUCUGAGACGGCUGGUCCGAGGGAGAGGCCAGUUGAGUUUGAGAAGGAUGCUGAGGAGGCUGACCCGUUCGGGUUGGAUCAGUUCUUGACGGAGGUUAAGAAGGGUAAGAAGGCCAUGGAAAAGGUAGGCAGCGGAGGGACUAUGAGGGCCAGCGGUGGGUCCUCAACCCGAGACGGGUAUGAAGGAGGAUCUGGGCGAACUAGAAUAGGGUUUGAGAGGGGUCGUUGAGAGGAAAGACCCACGAUUCUGCCUUCUCAUUUUUCGGAACUGGAGCUGGGUGUUCUUAAGGUAUUCGGAUUGAAAGCACUUGCUGUACUUUAAUGCUUUUUUCUUGUACCAUAAUGACUUCUCGGAGUUGCUUGCAUUUAAAUGGAAAUCCGACUAAUUUGUUGGUACAAUGCUUCCUUUUAGCAGAGGAAUCAAUUCCAUGAAUUCCUUGUUAACCAUUACACAGUGAAAUUACCUUUCA